GACCUAACGCGUCCUCCACACACCGCCGACACAGUGGGACUUUACACUCUCUUUUGACGAGAUUUACUGGGAUUAUUCAGAGCAGCAGUCAUGGUUUUCGAAAACAAAAUGAUCACGUACGGCGAGCCGGAUGACGAGGAGGAGGAGGAGGAGGCCGCAGCAGAGGAGCAAGAGGAGGAAGAAGAGGAGGAAGAGGAAGACAUGGUGGACCCUCUAGAAACGAUACGGGCCAAGUGUGAGCAGACGGAGCACUGUGUGCACUACAAGGAGCGUCUGGAGAUCUGUGAAGCCCGGGUCGGCUCCAGGUCCAGCACCGAGGAGGACUGCACAGAGGAGCUUUUUGACUUCCUGCAUGCACGGGACCAUUGUGUAUCACACAAGCUGUUCCACAACGUGAAAUGAGCUGCCAGCCCAGUUCCAGUAGUGUUGCAGAUGUUGAGUCUAUUUAAUUGCUAGAAUUGUACAAAUGCAGAUAAUAGCUAUUUCUCGUCGAUGUAUUAUUGUGAAUAAAGUACAAAUCUUAUUUUUUUUUCCUUUCUUCGGUUCCUGGACUAAAUAAUAACCUCUUUGGCUAUAACACAUAUCAUUUAGAUGGUGUAAGAAGCAGCAUGUAAAUUUUGAGUCACUGCUUGUAUGCAUCUAAGUGGUGAAAGGUUGUGCACAGAAAUGUUUAGGGCUUCAGGCUGAUAUUUCACAAGAUGGACAGUUCAUAUGCAAAAAUCACUGCUGCAGUAAUGGAGAGUUUAUCUCAGUGUUGGUGAUUUAUUAAUCUUUGCUAAAGGCCAAUAAAUUUGGAACAUUAAGUUUCAAUUCCUCUCUGGUACAGCUAGACACGUUUGCCUGGCAGAUUGUCUUCUCAGGAUUUGCUUCAUUAAACUUCCAAGCACUGUGAAAGCU